ACAAUGAAUAAUAAUAAUAAUAAUAAUAAUGAACAACAACAACAACAACAACAAACAUAUUAUAAUAUAUUGAAUAUAGAACAAGAUGCUGAUUAUAAUAGUAUAAAGAGUGCUUAUAAGACAAUGGUGUUAUUACAUCAUCCUGAUAAACAAGGUGGCAAUGCAGAUAUGUUUGAUAGGAUACAGAUUGCUUGGAAGUGUUUGAAAGAUGAUAAUCAGAGACGACUAUAUGAUUCCACACUACUUGAGAACAAUAGAUACAAACAUUCAAUAUCCGACGAGAUUGACCUCGAUGACAUGUUAUUCAAUGAGCAUUCAAAUCAAUACUCCUAUCCAUGCAGAUGUAGUGGAACAUAUAGUAUAUCAGGUGAUCAAUUGGAAAUGGGUCAUGAUAUUGCAUGUUGUCAAUCAUGUUCAUUAACAAUCAAAGUAUUAUAUGAGGAG